UGAGCAAACAUUUGGCGACAGUGGCAAAGAAAAACUUCCUUUAAGGGCCAUCCGCCACUGCUAUUUCUAGCGGGCUACACUUCUUUGCACUAUCUUUCAGGAAAUCUCCUUCAAUCAAUACCAACACAGCAACUAACCCAACUUCACUCUCGAUUCACAUCAGACUCUCGACUCUACUGUCUGCAGGUGCACUCGUUACACUCACAACUGUACCCUAUAAAACAAUAAUAUUAAUCACUGUUUUAAUAAUAUUGUGACAUUAUUACCAUUGGACUAAAAUAAUACAAUGUACUGUACUUCAGCAGCAGUGCAAAUUUAGUGGAAUUAAGUAAUUAAAGUAAACCAAGCCAUUAUGUGUACAGUAACCAUGGUUACAUUUUUACAGAAUACAGUUUAUUUUAAUUUCUGCACAUUUGAUUUAUUUAUUUUCUUAAUAUUGCUGCAUAUAUUUGUAUUGUUUACAAUUUACAGAAACACUUGACUCAUACAUAGACAUUGUAUGUUGUUGGUCAUAGCCUAUACUCACACCUCUUUUUUCACCUACAUGUAUGUACAUUAUUGUUCUAUGUUUACCCAUCUUUGCUCAGCUUUGUUGUAGUGUUUUUAGCUGGCUAUGUCCCUGUAAAUAGUUCUGGGAACUGUGUGUAAGUACACUGAGAGCAACUUAAAACCGGAGUCAAAUUCCUUUUAUGUGAACACAUACUUGGCCAAUAAAGCUGAUUCUGCUGAAAGUUUACUGCAUUAAUAUUUAUCAUAUUUUCAAGCUCGAGAGAUUCAGGAUAGGUUAUAUGCUAAAGAGAAAAAAUGCCCAUAUUGUCAUUAUUUUCCGAAAGUCCGAACGUCAGUUCUCAAUCUGGUAGCUGUUUUGAGAACUGACGUUUGAGUUACUGCUGCUACCUUGUUAUGCUUUUAUUGUGGAAAUAUUGACCGGAGGUGUGUUUUUGGUGCCCCAAGUCUAUAAAAAAAAAUAAGAUAUUCGCCAAAACAAGCUCACAAUCAAUCGGGCAGCUUUGAGAAACGUCAUGUCGUGUUGUGAGUGUAGAGACCGUGAGGAUGCAGCCCAGGGGAGCAUCCUCUACAGCAUCCUGAACAGAGGCGCUCAGUGCCCGCAGGAACAGCUGGAGACGGCCGCUGCGCACCAGCUUUGCUCCUGCUCCAAGAGGAAACUGGUGGCGAUCCGGGCUCCGCACUUAGUUUUCAAAGCGGCAUCGGAGGUGCUUGUGAAAACUUUCAGGUUCGUGAAAAACGUACCGUGUUUUCGGGGUUUGCCGGAGGAAGACCAGCUCCGGCUCGUGCGCAACAGCUGGGCGCCGCUGCUGGUUUUGGGCAUGGCCCAGGACUCCGUGGACUUCGACACGGUGGAGACGCAGCAGCCAAGUCUGUUACACAGGAUUUUAACGCACAGCAAAGAGCGACAGCAGCGUACAGCGACCGAGAUUCAAGACCCAGGGGUGUCCGUCUGCGAUGCAGAGGGGAUCAAAAUGAUUCUGCUCAAGAGUAGAGGACUGAGGAUCAGCGUCCAAGAAUACGCGUUUCUGAAGGCAGCGAUACUAUUCACCCCGGCGGUGGCGGAGCUGGAGUGUCGGAAGUACAUCCGGGCGCUUCAGAGAGAGGCUGAGCGCGCGCUUUACCAGCACGUGAGAGUCGUCCACCGGGAGACAGCGGGCCGGUUUGGCAGGCUGCGCGCGGUCCUGAACACGCUGCGGUCCGUGGACCCGGACGCGGUGGCGGGACUCUUCUUCAGACCCGUGACCGGGACGAGCAGCAUAGACGAGCAUGUGCUCGCUAUGUUUUAUGAGCGGGAGGACCACUCCAGCCAUGGUGACCUCACGACACAAUGAGAAUGACCAUGAUUACUUCAAACCUCUGCUGUUACUUUCUGGCAUAUUCCAGGCCUUGCAACUGUCGGUGUCGGAGGAUGCUGUUACCUGGGAAAUACCAGCCUGAAUUAAACCACACGAAAUGAUACUGCAGAUUGUCCCUCCUGAUGCAACGGCACACUGUGUUCACAAUGUGAAUGAACAUUUCAUGCUGAAUCACCUCCCAUGAUGCACACUUAUUUCCCAUCUUUGUCUUAACUUGAGGAUGUGUUGUACGUUAUUUAAAGUUCUAAUACUGGAUGUGAUUAUUACAUGAUACUCUGUGCUGAACCACCACACUUCUGUCUAUGUUUCUAUAGUGAUUUUAGUGACUUGUACACAUUUUAAAACUGUUUCUGAUUUCACAUUAUGUGACAGCUAAACUUGUUAUGAUGGAUUAAUGAAAAGUGUCCUAAGAGCUCAUUUUUACAGCUGCAACUGACAAUUAAAGCCACCCAACACAGUUUCCCAGAGCCCGAAGAGGCGUCUUCAACUUGCCGAUGUUCUGUCGAUGAACUUGUUAUUUCUGCACUAAUUAUUUUACACUGAAAAUUCCAAUUAAUCAGACACAUUUAAAUACAUUUAGAUGGUCAAAUAAACUGUGGGUUGCAUCUUAAAAUGUAAUGUUGCACAGAACAUUUUGACAUGAACUUCAGAACAGCCUGAUGAAAUGAGCUGCUGUUUAUGCCACAAGGAGCUACAAUACACAGAUUUAAGAAUGUUAAAACAAGUUAGCUCGGGGCUAACUUCUGUGCUAUUAGUCCCGCUAUAGCUAUAAAUAUAUCACUGCUGACAGGCUAUUGUGGCUUGACAAAUGAAGCCUGACUCCUACAGGAAGCUAUAAAGACAGGCAUUGUAGUGUCCUUAGAAAACACAGAUGCGAGCCUACAUUCUUUAAGCAUCUAAAUAAAUGAAACAUUGCAGCAUUUUAAUGACAGUGACCACGUCACAUUUCUGGGACUUCUUCACUGGUAGCUUUUCGAUCUUUCCUCGAGGCUACCGGCUCUGCAUUGUUAAAAGUCAGGUAUCAAAGUCUAAAAGUUCCCAACUGCUUAUGACAAUGAGCAAAUGCUGAGCACAGCUUCUGAGCUUGUUCUCUCAGGGCUUUUCUUUCCUCCGGAUGAAGCCUUUCAAGGCAGCAAUAGACAUUUAAGCUUAGUCUUGAGUAUUAGCACCACAAUCUUCCAAGCAUUUGCAUUAAUGGCUUUUUUUCCUCUCAGCUACUGAGUCUAACACUUGCUAAGCUUGUCUCAGAUUACUUUCCUUUCCUUUCGGUGCAGGAUCUCAUAUCGCAAACAACUGAGCCAGUGGGCUUCAACACAAAAUCUCAGAAAUACAGACUGAUCCUGAGCACACAAACGCAUACUUCCCACUAAACGUGGACUUCCUACACUGGCACAAAUUAACCCUAACCUGUAAUAAAUGCAUGGCAUUAUAACCUAUAAACAUGAUUCUUGAGCUGAGACGAUUAGCUGAUUAUUCGAUUAGUUGAUCGACAGAAAAGUAAUCUGCAACUAUUUUGAUAUUAAUAGUUUAAGUCAUUUAUCAAAAAUGCCAAAUUUGUCUCAGCUUCUCAAAUGUAAUUACUGCUUUUCUUAAUCUUAUGUGACAGUGAACUAAAUAUCUGAGUUUUGGACUGUUGGUGGAACAAAGCAAGACAUUUGAAAACGUCAGGUUGGGCUUUGGGAAAUUGUGAUUGUGAUAAAUGGUGUUUUUUCCCACAAUUUUAAACAGUUAAUCAGUUAGGCUAAAUGAGAAAAUAAUCAGCAGAUGAAUCGAUAAUGCCAAUCCUCAUUACUUGCAGCCCUACAUGAUUCCCUGCCAUGUUAGCUCUUACAAUGUACUAUCAUGGAUGUGUCAUCAAUAAAAAGGACCCAACAAAA